UUAAACGGCUUCGAAGUUUGAGAGUAACAGUGCCGAAAGACCAAAGACUAAAACACAAGGUAUAUAUAUGGAAAGCCGACCUGACCACCCUUCAAACCUCAUACCACAAGAACAAAUGUUUUUCAACAACAUUGACCCAAAUGAAGCUGGAAGAACCUUUUUUGCAAACAAUCCAGGAAUGGCCAUGCCUCAAGAUGAUUUCAUGCGACAGCCAGAUGGUAACAUGGAGGAAUGCUGUGACCCUCACCAAUACCUUCCACCGACACCAUCGUCACCACUGUCUUUUCCACCUGUAUUGACAUCUGGAAUUUCCAACACACGCCAUCAAAUCAGUACCGCAGUAACAUCCAGUGAUAGCAGCUGUUCCAGACCUUAUCAGCAAUCCCCAUACCGCGACAAUCAAGUUAGCUCUUCAUUUCCGAUGAACACGAAUGGCUUCUACCAACGAGCUCAACUGCCCACUGUUCCCACGUCAAAACAAUUCUCUGGUGACUUCAAUUUUGAGAUUUCAUUUGGCCCACCAACCGAAUCAGCUCCAAAAUCCGCGACCUGGACGUAUUCACCAAAAACAUCAAAAUUGUACACCAACAUCGGCUCUUACUGCCCAUUCCAGUUCAAAACAAAUGGCAAAUCGAUGAGUCCGGCAUUCAUCAGAGCCGUCGCUAUGUUCAAAGGAUCGAGCAAUCUUCAUGAUAUUGUUAAGAUGUGUGCCAAUCAUGCCGAAAACAAUACCGAUGAUUCACAGAUGCGCAACAAUUUCUUCAUUCGAAGCAACAAUGCAAAUGCGGUGUAUCUUGAAUGCCCUCAGACUGGAAGACAUUCUGUACUGGUCCCAUACAGUGGGCCACAAGCUGGCACAAACUUCGUGACGGAGAUGUUCGCAUUUAAAUGCUUCAGUUCCUGUGCUUCUGGUCAUGGGAGAAAACCAAUUGAAAUUAUCUUCACGUUAGAAGACGCUGAAACCGGUAACAUUCUUGGUCGAUGUGUUGUCGAGAUACGUGUUUGCGCAUGCCCCGGAAGAGAUCGUCGCUCAGACGAAGUGAACCUGGACCGAGUGAUUGCCUCGAAUAACAGCAACAAACGAGCAUCCAAACAAAAGAGUUACAAUCGUAAGAAGUUAAAGAAAGCAUCCCACGAAGAAUACACGAUAACCACAACGAGCAAAGAAGUACAUGACCUUCUUGUAACGAUUAAGAUUGCUCUGGAAAAUAAACUUUCUUACAAAAGUGAAUUUGAUGCAGUUGCAGAGGAAGAGAACUCGUCAGCAAAAAGAGUGCAACCAUUAGGUGCCUCAACAAGCCAUGAAGCAAGCAUUGAAAAUAAGCAAACAGGUUACACGUCCUGCAUCUAAAACAGGUUUUUCCCAUUUUGUAAGGGUAAAAAAGAGUUGAAGGGUAAUGAGGUGUUUUCAAGAUGGUUUAAAAAUG